UGCAGUGACUAAUUUGGUACAAUUUGGACACAUGAUAUGUUCAAUGCUAAUAAACUUUAAAUGACCAGACAGACUCAUCAACUGUAAGUGAUACUGUCAAUCCUGGCGACAGCAACAAUUACUGUUUCUCCAAUUCGGGGUUGUGCGUACUGAGUUGAACUUUACUGAACUUUGAAUAAACAAGUGUUGUUGCUGUUUGUGCAGCAGCGGUGGUUCAGCUCCAGAGUUCUGUUGACCAAUUCCCAUCUUUACUUGCUGGAGCGCAAAUUACUGUCGGUCAUGUUUACAGUUUCAGAAAGAACACUGCAACUAGCCUCACCACAGAGCAGACAUGCACAAUUGUUCACUUUUAAAAACCCUGAAAAAACUUCAUUCAGUUGUGUGUUGCCAGUUGAUGUAAUUUAAGUAGCUCUAACAAUUUUCUUUUUUCAGUUUACAGCAAAUAUACCAAAUAUAAUUAAAUGGAACCUGUAUGAAAACAGAGUGUUUGGCUGAACUGCUCAUUUAGUAGUAAGCAGCACAGGGUGCUUCUCCUUUACUAACCUAACGUUUUAUAAUGACACCUUAAACAUCACAGAGUAAUUUAUAAAAAGGCCACUCAUAUAGGAAGAAAUGCUUUCAAGUAACUAAAUCCUCAUUAAAAAAAUACAAAUAUCAGGUCCUGUUAUGUUGCACGUCAAUCAGCAGCUUCAAAACAAGACUGCACAAAGCAGACCUGGCUAUCACUGCUCUGGUAAAAGAAUUUUCAUCAUUAGAGAAACUGUAUUUUGAGUGGACCAGUCUCAGAUGUCAUGACAGACAUACAGUCAUCUACACCGCUUUAGCUAAUUGCAAUGCAACCUAAGGUGACCCCUGUGGCCCCUGUUUGCAAUGGUUAACUUAUUACCAAGGUUUUCAUGAGGUGUUUAUAUGCCAUCCUUUAUCAUAUAUUUCUGCGGUAUUAUUCUAAAAGUGACUCGAUUUUUUCCCUCAUUGGGUCAAGUGCACACACUGUGUAAUGCAGAACAACUCCGCAGAGAGCCAAGAGUUGUGAACCCAAUUUUCAGACACCCUAAUUUAAAGGACAGAGAGAACACCACAUGAUUCUGUGGGACUUGUUCUGCUUGUUGUGGAGAUUGCUUUGGAGGCAGAGGGCAUUGUGUGGAGAUAAUAGUCAGCAAGGAGAAAAAAUAAAGCUUUGAGCAGAACUGAUCCCACUUUACGCUUUUAGGGUCAGUGGUCGAAAUGGGUGCUCGGCCUCCAGGUCCCUGCAACACGGAUCAGGGGUCCCAACGUAUAUCUGCUGAUUACAUCUCCUGAAGUGGAAAAAAUGCAAAUAAUAAAUGUAUGAGCAACGUGCUUGUUUUUUUGCUUGAUUAAUUAUGCCGUUUAAUUCCAGAUCCACCAUGCCGCUCCACCGUAUAAUUUCCCAGUGGUCUUGGCUGUUUCUUCUCUCACACGCGCUCUCUCCUUCUUCUUUUUUUUUUUUCUUCUCUCCUCAUUGCAAAAUGAAUCAUGGAUCCAACCGUCUGUACCCGGGGGAGAGCGGCGAGCUGGCGAAUAGGCUGACCAAUCAUGAGCAUCAGAGGCAGACACAGACGGAGUGAGCCUUUUGUUGUGUGCUGCACUCAUCAAGUUAGAAGACAACUACCGAUUUGGCCCGAAGAAAAUUAAAAGACGGAGAGUCAGCUUAUCCAAUCACACUGGCCACUGUGUGUUUAUCUGAGUGGGUGGCAGGAUUUCUGUGCCAUUCAUAUUGUCAACUGGGACCCUGGCAGCUCUUCUAUUCCCAGCCUGGCCGACCCUCUCUCAGCCUCCUGACAGUUCCAGCCCGAGGUGCUGGUGGAGUAGGAGGUGGUGGUGGAGGGGGGACACUGCCAGGGCAGAGCCGGGGCACCGGAGAGGAGGAGGAGGAGAAGAAGAGAGGAAGAAGAGGAGAGAGACAAAGUGGAUCAGAUCAACAGCAGCAGACUGAACGCUGGAAAUGUCCGUCAGGUCUGAGUCUGUCACAUCCUCAGCCAAUCAGAGCCUUCGUUAACGGCAGCGUCGGCACGUGAUUGGGAGAAGGAUGGCGACUAUGCCUUUCGUCAGCGAAGGGAAGUGUGUGAGCGUGGAGUGGGAUUUUCUACAAGGACUGCUGGCCAAGCCUCCCACCCUGCCCUGUCUGCAGAACCUGCGCAAAGAGAAGUCUCGCAAUGCGGCGCGGUCACGGCGGGGGAAGGAGAAUUUUGAGUUCUUUGAGCUGGCCAAGAUGUUGCCUCUGCCCGGUGCCAUCACCAGCCAGCUGGACAAAGCCUCGGUCAUCCGGCUGACCAUCAGCUACCUGCACAUGCGCACCUUUGCCAGUCAGGGGGACCCACCCUGGAGUCCUCUAAGGGAGGGUGACAGCAACUGCAGCAAAGUCAGGCGAUCGUCCCAUUCUCUGGCGACUGACAUGUUUGAGCAGCACCUCGGGGCACAUCUCCUGCAGUCUCUGGAUGGCUUUGUGUUCGUGGUCAGUCAGGAGGGACGGUUCCUCUACAUCUCAGAGACAGUUUCUAUCUACCUGGGACUCUCACAGGUGGAGCUGACCGGCAGCAGCGUGUUCGACUACAUCCACCCUGCGGACCACGUCGAGAUGGCGGAGCGACUGGGAAUCAGGCCGCAUCUGAGGGCCGAGGCCGGCUGCCACACGGCUCCCGAGAGCGCCUCUAGCUCCGCGUCCGCCUCCUCGCUGGCUGGUACCCCCGAGCCCGCUCCGUCGAGUCCUCACUCUCCUGCCGACGAACCUCCCGACCGUGGCUUCUUCAUCCGCAUGAAGUCCACGCUCACCAAAAGAGGCCUGCAUGUCAAGUCUUCUGGAUACAAGGUGAUCCACGUGACAGGACGAAUCCGCUGCCGCCCCGCGCUCGUGCCGGGCUCCACGCGCUCAGUGCGUCGUCCGAUGGGUCUGGUGGCCCUGGCGCAUACGCUCCCGCCCUCCACGCUUAACGAAGUCCGCAUGGAGAGCCAAAUGUUUGUCUUCCGAGUCAACAUGGACCUACAGGUCACGUAUUGUGAGAACAGGAUCUCUGAGUACAUGGAUCUGACCCCAGCAGAGGUGGUGGGACAUACCUGUUAUCACUUCAUCCACGUAGAAGACCUGGAAAACCUCAGGCAGAGCCAUGAAGACUUGCUGAGGAAAGGCCAGGUGGUGACGGGUUACUACCGCUGGCUCCAGAGGAGAGGGGGCUACCUGUGGAUCCAGUCCAAUGCCACCGUCUCCAUCAACCACAAAGCCCCCCACGAACGCAACGUCAUCUGGGUCAACUAUGUCCUGAGUCCGACAGAGUUGCCCGACACUCCUCUGGAUCUGCUACAGUUACCGGAGGGCGUACGAGCGGAGAGACUUCGAGUUAGCUCCUCUCCCGCCGACAGCUCCCCUCAGGCCCGAGACUGA